UUAACAAAUCUUUCCGGUGACUCACGUGCGAUCAAUCGUUCACACCCAAUAAAGCACGAAUAAUAAAUUUUUAAUACGAGCGUUUGAGCCUGCGAAUAUACAAGAUUCGACAAAAUUUGGCUUUCGUGCUAGGAUGUUGGAGCGAUAUAAUUUCUUAUAAAUUUCGGAAUGCGAACAGAUGAUCGUUUACUGGAGCUUCGACGCUUGACAGUCAUGCGCAUGACAGUUAUCGAGGUAGACCUAUAGACGACGAAUGUAUGAAUCGUGCGUGAAGAUGGUUUUAAGCCAAUCUCAGCUGAUGUUGAAGGGAGCAGAUAGAAAGUAAAACACUGUCAGAUUGUACGAGUACAAGAAAAUGUUGAAGCAUAAUUUAUUAAAGACAUCGUGGUGCAAGUUACGUGUUCGAUAUACGCAUAAAAAUGCCUCUAUACCAAAGGAAGAGCUUAAACCUAAAGAAUGUGAAACUGCAAAGAUUCGUAACAUUGGCAUAUUGGCACACAUUGAUGCUGGAAAAACCACCACAACUGAAAGAAUGUUAUUUUACUCUGGUCUCAUCAGAAAUAUGGGAGAAGUACAUCAUGGCAAUACGGUGACUGAUUACAUGGAACAGGAACAACAGCGAGGGAUAACCAUCACUUCAGCUGCUGUUACAUUCAAUUGGAAAGAUUACCACUUUAAUUUGAUAGAUACUCCUGGUCAUAUUGAUUUUACCAUGGAGGUUGAACAAACUUUACAAAUAUUAGAUGGUGCAAUUGUAAUCCUGGAUGGUUCCGCUGGUGUGGAAGCCCAGACAGUAACAGUUUCCAAACAAGCGGACAGGUACAAUAUUCCUCGAAUAAUUUAUGUUAACAAAAUGGAUAGAGCAGAUGCUGAUUUUGACAUGAGUUUACAGUCUAUUGAAUCCAAGUUAAACAUAGAAACACUACCUAUUCAAAUUCCUAUGAAGAAAGCAGGAGUCUUAGAGGGUAUUGUAGAUGUAAUAACUAUGGAAAAGUUGACAUUCGAUAAGAAACGUCAAGGUAUGAAUAUAAUAAAAACAAAAAUAACUGAAAACGAUGAUGAAAGAUUGUGGGAUAUAGUCAGUGAGAAGCGACGAGUAUUGACUGAUAGAUUGUCAGGCUUAGAUGACAAACUAGCUGAUAUCAUCAUAGAACAAGAGUCUCUGGAAAAUGUGGAACCACAGGUAUUGAUCAAUUCGUUACGCAGAAUCACUAUAAAUAGAAAAGGUGUGCCUGUAAUAUUAGGAAGUUCUUAUAAAAAUAUAGGAGUGCAACCUCUAAUGGACAACAUCAUUCUUUAUCUGCCAUCACCAGCAAAUGUAAAAAAUUUAAAUCCAUAUCGAUACUUUGAGAACAAUCUAGCAGCCAGAGUCUUCAAAAUUGUUCACGACAAGCAGAGAGGUCCGAUCACUUUCUUCAGAAUCUAUUCCGGCAAUAUGAAGAAAGGUCAGAAGCUGUACAAUGUAACACGGGAGCAAAACGAGCAGUGUACUCGUCUGUAUAUCGCCUGCGCCGAUGAUUACGAGGAAGUAGCCGAAGUGAGUCUUGGGAAUAUCGCAGCUGUAGGCGGACUGAAGGAUACCAUCACGGGUGAUCUCGUGACGACGAGCGCGUCCGCUGGCAGCCGUGCUAAAGGCAUUAUGCUGAAGGAGAAAAGCCCAGAUUACGUGAACAAUUUCUUCGCAUCCGGAACGAACUUGCCCGAUCCAGUCUUUUUUUGUUCUAUAGAACCGCCCUCCUUGUCAGCGCAAUCUGCCUUAGAAAUCGCUCUUCAGGAACUACAGAGAGAGGAUCCUAGUCUGCGUGUAAGAAAUGAUCCGGAAACGGAGCAAAUCGUUCUCGCAGGAAUGGGCGAGUUGCAUAUAGAGAUCAUUAAAGAGAGAAUCAAGAGAGACUAUAAAAUCGACGUAGAUUUAGGUCCUUUGCAAAUCGCCUAUAAGGAAACGAUUCAGGAUGCCGUUAAAGACACGUUAGUUGUGGAACACAAAGUAGGUCAGACGAGACAUCAGGUUAAUAUCACUAUGUCCUUGAUACCUAAUUAUGAAGGAAAAGAGAAACUGCUUCUGGACAGAUCUCCGGACAACGCAUCGAAUAUCGACAGCAUUCAUCCACGAGUGAUGAAUGCGAUCGAAAGCGGUAUCAAGUCUGCAUUAUUGCAUGGCGUCAAGUUAAGUUGUCCCGUAAUUAAUGUUGGCGUCAAGUUGCACUGGCUAGAACUGGCACGUGGUACUUCGGAUACCAUAAUUUCCGCAGCUACUUCACAAUGCAUCCGGAAGUUACUCCAAAGCGGAAAUAGUAUGUUAUUAGAGCCCAUCAUGCAAUUGGAGAUCGUUGCACCGGAGGAAUGUUCCCCAAGUAUCAAUGCUGAUCUCGCUCGUAGACGAGCGAAAACACAACAAAUUGACAUGCGCGGUUAUAAUAAGGUGAUCAGAACUCUUGCGCCAUUGUCAGAAUUAUUGGGAUAUUCAACAGCAUUGAGAAUUAUCACGUCUGGUAGAGCGACGUUUUCAUUGGAAUUUAGUCAUUAUCAGUUAAUGACUGCCGCUGAUGAGGACGAAGCAAUUAGUAAGCUUAAAAGAUUUUAAAAUAUAUAUAUAAUUUUUUUUAAGCAAUACGAGAGAAA